AUGGAAGAAGAAUUCCAAGAGUCUGAAGUGUUCUGGCCCGACCUCCAUCACCGCCGGGGGGACGAUGCUCGGAGAACCGUCGACCACGAUGACGAUGAUGGCAGUUAUGUUAAUUCGAGGCAGCGGCUAUGGAGGAAGAAGGUCAAGAACACGAGCAGCUCCGUUCCGGCCACCAUACCGGAGACUAUGGCCGCUGGGCGUGCUUGGUUACAUUUUCAGGAUUCGGACGAUGGCGAUGAUGACUACUUUGGCGAUGGCGAGAUGGUGCCGCCCCACUUGUUGGUCGCUCGGAGGCUUGACGGGAAGAUGGCCUUCUCUGUUUGCACCGGCAACGGCAGGACCCUCAAGGGUCGUGAUUUGAGACAAGUUCGAAACUCCAUACUUCGAUUGACAGGGUUCCUCGAAUCAUGA